AUGUCGGCUUCGCGUUCACAAGGUUCCAAGACCUUGGGUGAUGCCGGUGAAGAGGAUGCCGCCACCGGGCCACUGGACCGGUCCGAGGUGCUCCACACAGGUGACAUUGUUUUGCUGAAGUGUAGCUUGUUGGAGGACCCCUCUGCCGAGGCGCUUCGAUCAGGAACCGGCUUCCUCACAGGCGAUGCUGUGGAGUACGUCCCGAAGGUUGAGCAUGUCAGCAACUUCGCCACAGACGGGCUUGACUUCCGGGACUUCCUGUUCGUUGUCGUGGAUCAGCUUAGCUACCGUGCACUGAAGGACCUUCGCAAAAGGAAGAAGCUUCUCGCCGCCCUGGGUGGGGGAAGUGGCACCUCCUUGGCGGUGGAGUUGCGAAAUCUGGAGGAGAGGGCAAGGCGGGAGCAUGAAGAGAACCUGAAUGUCUUGUCCGGCGUCUCAUCACGAGCAAUUCGAUAUGGUGAUGUUGUGCAGCUGCAACAUAUCCGCACCGGCAUGUACAUGGGCGUCCGUGCAAAAGCGUCGGCGCAGGAGCAGGCGACCUCACGCCGUGUGGAGCUGCAGGACGGAACCAUGGCCUCCUGGCUUACCGUGAAUCCGUUCUUUUCGCACCGAACCCAAGGCGAGCUGGUUUCCUUCAACGAGAUGGUCUCUUUGGAAAGUGUCAAGCUGUCGGAGAACUGGAACCUGAAUUGGCACAGGUACAACAUCACCGAAACUGGCGAGGAGGCGUAUGAAGUGAACUGCUGCCGCGGGGGCAGGGGCUUCUACUUCAUGCACGAAACUCAGCUUGGGCACCAAUUCGUAGCCAUGUCCGGGGGCAAGAGCAGAGGAAGGUUGGCCGCCUUGGGAGUCGGAUGGAGGGGGGCCCUGGCCAAGGCGCCGCAAGACUUGAAGGACCUUUUGCUUGAUAUCGGCUUCCCUGCAGACGGUGUGCAGCGAGUCCUGGUGAAGCUUCAGCACCCCCUGCCGUGCCAGCAUGGGGCCACCGCUGCUGCGAAGGUUCUACAGCUGCUGCACUCGUGGUCUGUCCCAGACGAGACACUUCGCGCUGCUGUCGGGCGCCAUCCGGAGCUCCUAGCUGCGACAGUGGCAGAACUUCAGGCCACUGCUGAAGCACUCCAAGCCUCGCUUCCAAAAGACGUGUUCAGCGAGCUGGUGCAGAAGUUUCCUGAGGUGCUCCUGGCGAGCCGGUCAGCCGUCGCGGAAUUGCAGGAGCUUUUCACUUCUUGGGGCCUGCCCUGGGAGGAGGCUGCAAGAAGGGCGCCGCGACUGCUACUGCGCAUGCCGCAGGAUCUUUCCAAGCUUCUCCACUUCCUGCGCAAGGAUCCGUUGGGUCCGCAGCUCUCUGCGGAGCAGCUAGCUCAUGUGGCGAAAAACUAUCCGAUGCUCCUCCUUGGGACAUUGGAUGCUGAGCGGCAGCUGGCCCCACUGGUGCGAUUCCUGCGCCACUUUCUUGGAGUUGAUCCCGCCAGCUCGCAAUGCAUCGGGCUGUAUGCCUGGCCAGAUGCACUCGCUGUUGUCGAGCCAACGGCCCGCUUCUUAGUGGAGGAAUGUGGCUACCCGCUCGAAGAGCUUCGGGAAGAUGUUGCACUCCUCGGGUAUUCGUUUGAAGCUCGAGUGCAACCGCGGGGCCGCUACGUGCAGCAUUUGGGUAUGGCCCGAUUGCCGCUCAAGGCCUUAACGGCUGUGGAUGACAGUCACUUCUGCCAAUUGGUGGAUGCCGGCAAAGAGGAGCUCUACAGCCGGCGGGUUGCUCUGGACCCGAAAGGCUCAAGAGUCGCCCUCUCCUUCGGCCUUCCCAUCAGGUUGUACAGCCCACACAGACGCGGCUUUCUAGCAGCAAGCUGCUCGUUGGAGAAGAAGGCUCCUUACAUGCGCGCCGUCCGGGACGAGACAUUGGAUAUUCGCGAAUUCUGUGCAAAGGACAUCUGGGUGAUUGAGCCGGUGUCGCACGAAUUCUUGAAGGACACGGGCAUCGAGUACAGCAUCACGCCUGUUCUGCUCCGCCACCUGGGCAGUGGGUAUUACCUGGCCAUCUCCGAAGCAGACCUGCAAGAAAAAGACAUCAUCUACAACAAGGCUCGAGCGAUCCACAACGGCUUGCAACGCAAUGUGGGUUGGAAGGAUGGCUUCCUUGACUUCUUUGUCAGGUUCUUGAAUACUCAAGGUGGCUUCACGAUUGCAGGGGAUGACCAGUCGCCCUACUUCUUGAAUGCGUCUCUAUGCGAAUUUGACAUUGCAGCCAACGGUGAUCCGAUUACAACCUCCACUGUUCAAAGCUGCCUCAGCACAGCAGGCGACGUGGAUGUCAUUGUAGUUGGCACUUCUACUGGAAACGAUGACAUCAAGCAAUUGGGAGAAUCACUUCAGAUUCCCAACUUGCAUUGUUCUGGUGGCAACCCAGCUCAAUGGACUGGGGCAACACCACAUGCAUUUGGCAUACACCUGCCCUUUCCUUGGUAUUCCCGAGGAGCCAUGAGGAGAGCUGCCCUGCAAGGAUUGCGACGUGUCGUAAUCAUUCGCAACUACGACUGGGGCUUUCCUCGAACAUCAGCGGUGGCAGCAGCGGAAUGGAGCUUGGAAUCGUCGAUGACACUGAUAGGUCCCAGCUUGGAGUGGUGCCAGCAGUGGGCCAACAUGACCCAGACGUGCCGGAUCAUAAACUCUUCUUGCCGCUGCGGGGAGCAGGCAGAAUUCGAUGCCCUGGGAUACAAGUACGAGGUUGCGAGCAUGCCCAGCUUCUAUGAAGUGUCAGAGGAUGCCGUGGUGGAAUCUGGGCUGAACCCACGCAAUGAAAUCGUCUCCCCUGCACUGAUUUCCUUCGUAGAGGGCAUCAUUGACGAUGUCCGUCGACAGGGGGAGGAUCCAGAUGUGGUUGUGAACUGGUUGACCUCGGCCCGAAGUGGACUCGUGGCUAUGCGACAACGUAAGUUUGCGUUUCAAAUGUAUUUCGGGGGGCCUAACGUUGAAGGAAUUGCCUGGAACGGCUAUGAAUCUUAUUGGCAGAACGGCACUGUGGCACUUGGCACCGCGGAUGCCCUGUACAACAUGGGUGGCGGGCAAUGGCACCACGGAAUGCUUUUUUCCGAUCCUUUCUUUGGCAGUUCUAGCGAAAUGGUGCGCCAAUUCUCGGAGCUCUUCGAACGGCCUCCAAGCUAUGAUGCUGCAGCCUGCACUAGUGCAGGUAUAGCUCUUGCGCUCUCAUUGCAGAGAUAUGGGAGGCCUCUGCCGAGCAGUAUUGCAGCCCGACGUGAAGAGAUUCGACUCUCCAUUGGUAACUUGAACGAUGAAACGCUCUUCGGCACGCUUCGCUUCAAUCGCUUCAACCAAAACAACGGACGACUUACCGUAAGCUGGCAGGUGCUGGAAGAUGGCACUACAGAGCCCGUUCUGCCUGCAGAAGCCGCGAGCACCGAGUUUCGUUUUCCGGCGCCUUCUUGGGAGGUACGGUUGGGAUGCCCAUCAGGAUCGUAUGCCGCAGCAAUCACCCAAACAGACUUAGUCCCCAAGCGAUGCAGCCUUUGCCCGGAGGGCACCUACCGCUCUUUGCCAAGCAGUGGGCUCGUUUUUUCGGUGUGCCAGCACUGCGAGCUUGGGACUGGUUUGCUGCCCGGAGUGACGGGAGCCACGAAAUGCAGCGCUUGUCCGGCUGGACGAGAGCAACGGAGCGAAGCCCAUCGGGGGAUCUGCCACAAGUGCCCAACAGGCCAGUUUCGGGCAGCCAACGGCUCCGACAGGUGCGAGCUGUGUCCAGCCGGAACCUAUGCUGAUGAAGAAGGGCUUGCCGAGUGCAAGGUGUGCGCUUUGCUGUCAUCGCAGCCUGAUGUUGGCCAAGCUGCUUGCCUUUGCGACAUAGGAUCCUUCCGUGAUCAAGGGGCGACUGCUGAAAUCACCGACGGAACCGUUGCCUGUACAUCCUGUGAGGAUAUCUUGCCAGGCAGCACUACUCGAUAUCCAGGCAGCAUCUCGCCACUGCAGUGUCUGUGUCCAGCAGGUCGCUUUUGGCACAGGCCUUCACCCGGCGCCCCCACCUGGUGCAAAGCCUGUGGAGCGGGACUGGACUGCCGAGGAGGAUUCACAGAUGAGAAUGCCACCGGUCAAACUCAUCAGCCACCGAUGCAGACCGUGGGGUUUUCUGCAGGUGUCCAAGAAUUUCCUGGUGCUGAUCCGUCGUAUGUGGUCACCUGUGAGAAUUCUGCUCGCUGUCCCGGCGGCCCGUUGGGGCAUUGCCCCGACCGGAUGAAGGGCAGGGGCUGUGCGACUUGCACCGUCGGCAGCUUCGAUGAUGGCAGUGGCUGUACACCAUGCACAGACUUGGCAGUGUGGCCCGUGUUGGUUUCGUUCAUGCUUGUAGUUGCGGCCAUGUUUGUGUUGUAUCAGUACAGCAUGGGACUUGAGAAGCCCCAUCGCGAGUCCAUGAUGACGCUGGCAGUCACUGCCGGCUUGGCUGUGAUGGCGACACAAACUCUGUCCGCAUUUACCAGGAUUGAGCUCGAAUGGAUCGAACCCCUCAAAUCAUUGAGAUCUGCGUUGUCCAUCCUGGCUUUCGAUAUUGGCUUCCUACGACCCCAGUGCUGGGUGGGAGGAGUGGAUCCGCUGCUGGAGUACGGCAUGGCCAUCUCUGCAUACCCGCUUUGCGCUCUUUGCCUGCUGAUGGCUUUCGCGUUCAACCGCUUCGUUCGGGGCAAGAGUGUCAGCAUCUACCAGGUUGUCAAUACGCAAGGUCUUUUGGUUUCGGCCCUCUACAUUGCUCUCACCUAUAUCGCCUUGCAGCCGUUCCAGUGUAUUCGGAAUCCUGAUGGCAGUGCGACUUUGGUUGCGUACCGGGGUCUCACAUGCUGGGACAGCCAUGAUCACACUGUUAUGGUGGUUUUGUCAGUGAUACCCCUGUUGGGGGUCGUUGUGGCCUACAUGGCUCUGGUGACUUGGGCGACAUGGAGGUAUCCCAUCGUCUGCCGUGCUGCAGGUGGUGUAGACUUUGUCAAGCGUUGGUCCUUCCUGUUCACACGCUUCCACCAGCACAAAUUUUACUUUGCUUGGGUUUUGGCUGUACGAAAUCUGAUUGUGGGCCUGUCUCCGAUUGUGUUCGUACACCUUCCAGCCGUUCAGCUCGUGCUACUUCACCUGACAGUCGCCACCUAUGGCUCUUUGGCAGCCCGUGUCUGGCCAUGGCGGACCGAGAUAGCCAACAUCCUCGAUGUCGGCCUCUGCUUUUGUUUGGUUUUGGUGGUUUCGACUGGGCAGCUGCUACUGAAAAAGGAUCAGGAGAAUGAAUAUGUGGUCCAAGUUCUGUUAUUGGUCUUGCUCGCAGUUGCAGUGACCGGGUUGACUUUGGCACUCGCUGUCUCAGCCAUGCGAUUGAUGAAGACUUCGCACCCAUAUGGAAUCUUCAUCAGUCACCACAAGAAAGCCGCGGGCACAUUGGCACGUUGGUUCAAGAUGUUGCUGGCGGAAAGGAUCAGUGACAAAGUCUUCUUGGAUUCAGACGAUGUAGACCGUCUAGAAACCAUAAUUGACAUCACAGGUGCCGGCACCCAGAACUUGCUCGUGUUGCUCACGAGCGAGACCCUGAAACGCAUCUGGUGUGCUGCGGAGAUUGCAAGUUCUUGGGGCAGUGGAACCAACAUCGUGCAGGUCGCUUGUGAUGGCUGUGUGGUGACGCACGAAUGCAUCGAUGCCGUUCCCGGCGCAUGGACAGAAGAACAGCAGACAACGCUAGCCAACAUUGGAAUUUCGUUUCAGAGCAUCAAAGAUGCGUAUACGUAUUUGCUCAGCAAGGCUGUGAUCACAUUGGAUAGACGAGGGGCGGAGGUUGCAGAGCAUGAACGGGUGAUCCAAAUCGUGCUUGCGCAGUGCAAAGGUCUCUCAAGAAAUAUGCAGCGUGUUUUCUCGCCUGGAACCGGCUCCGACAGCAUCACGGGCUUUGGGAGCAACCCUAAAGUCCUCAUGCUGGGGGACAUUGAGUCAUCCGAACCUGGCAGCUGCUGCCGUGUGAUGCAGAUUCUUCUACAAGAGCAGCUGGAGGAAGAGGUUCAGCUGCUGAAUCCAUCCUUAGCCGUGCUUGACAUGGACCAUCUCACGGCUGUCUUGGCUUCAGCGCAUGUGGUCCUUGUCAUCCUGACACAGGGUGUUCUGGAGCUCUCACCCUUCGCGGCUUGCGUGACUGCCUGUGCUCUCUCCAACGCGGAGCUCAUUCCCGUGAAAGCAGAGGAGACUUUUCUUUAUCCGGACCCUGUGUUUUACGAGAAGUUGAUGGCAGCCGAUUUCUUUCCAGAGAAAGACCUGGUAAACCUUGGCACGGAUCUGAGCACUGUAAAGGCUACAUAUGGGGUCCUGUUCAACAUGCUGGCGCUCAAGUUUACAUCUCAUGGGACAGAGCGUAUUCAAGCCACUGAAGUCCAUCUGAUGUGCGGCAGGAUCCUUCCACUGCUGCAUGCCGAAGCUGUCAGCAUAAUCAGCCCAAGCACUCAUAGUCCUUCCAGAUCCGGAAGGCGAAAUUCCGGACGGGACCCUAGACGAAGUGAUACGAUUCGACUUUCCAUCCGCGAGUCGGCUCGCUUGCAAAGGAUCGCCAGGGACUCGAAUGAGAGAGAGCAGGACGACGAAGAGAUCGAAGAAUGUUUCUGA